UGCGUCCAUUUUGCUCAAUGCUCUUCCGUUUUGCGUUUUGUUGGAGGUACUGACAACAUGUCGGCACACAAAACCUUUAUCGUCAAGCGAAAGCUUGCUAAAAAAUUGAAGCAGAACCGGCCCAUUCCGCAAUGGGUCAGAAUGCGAACAGGCAACACAAUUCGAUACAAUGCAAAGAGGCGUCAUUGGAGGAGAACAAAGUUGAAGCUGUAAACUGGAGCAUCAAUCUUGGCCAUCGAUUUCUAUGGAUCAACAUGAUUGUGUCACUUUAAAUAAACAAAACUCUAAAUCCA